AUGAUGAAAUCUACCGUCUCUAUGCAUCGAACAGAACCACUCUCGAUCAUCUCGUCCACGGCGCCGAGUAUCGACGACGCAUCCAGAAAUGAAUUGGUCACUGGAUUCACGGCGCUUCAUCGAAGAUGCAUCAUGGAGGAUGCCACGAUCGCAACAUUCCUACCUCCCCUCGAUGACAACAAGAUGAGAGAUUUUUGGCUAGGGCUGAUCCAGCAAUGUCGAUCUGGCACACCGGAGACUGGGGAAAAAGUGAUCGUAUACCUAGCGGAGGACGGCGCCAUCAGCGGUGUAGCAAGUUUGUUACUUCCAUGGAGUCAGACGGGGAAUCAUCGGGCGUGGGUGGAGAAGUUGAUGGUUGACGGACGCCUUCGACAGCGGGGUAUUGCACGGCGGCUGAUGGACGAACUGGAGAGGAUUGCAAUUGAGAAGGGGAAAUGGAUUUUGCUGCUUGAUACUGAGAAGGGGAGUAAGGCCGAGAAGGUGUAUCCCAAGCUUGGAUAUGUCGAGUAUGGCACAAUUCCGGAUUACUCGGUGAGUCCUGAUGGACUCGUGUUGAAGAGUGAGACGUUCUUCUACAAAGACCUCCGUCCAUCUCACUCGGCGGCAAGUUGA